ACAGUUUACACAUUAUUUUAUUGUUGAAAAUGAAUUUCAUUAAGGUUUUCUUCUUCAUUUUCGCGUGCAUCGCUUUGACUACAGUUUCUAGUGCGCCGAGUCCCAAAUGGAAAUUCCUGAAAAGAAUUGAGAAACUUGGACAGAGAGUCAGAGACGGCAUCAUCAAGGCGGGUCCAGCUGUCGAAGUCAUAGGACAAGCCAGUUCUGUGAUUAAAGGAUAAUGGAAGCUUAAAUAUUAAAUUUAGUUGAAUAAAUUAUUGUAUGUAAAUUGAAUAUUAUAACUUGUAAAAAUUUUUA